GCCCGGCGCGCGGCGUGACGUACCAUGAUGGCGGCCGCCGAGCCCGAGCGCAAGCGAAAGGCUCCGGAGGCAGCGGCGGGCGAGGAGCGGGGAGCCGCGGAACUGGGGGAGUACGAGGAGGAGGAGCGCUGGGUCGGGCCGCUCCCAGGGGAGGCCGCGCAGGCGAAGAAGAGGAGAGUUCUUGAAUUUGAACACGUUUACCUUGAAAAUCUACCAUCUGCUUCAAUGUAUGAACGCAGUUACAUGCACAGAGAUGUCAUUACACACGUAGCAUGUACUAAGACAGAUUUUAUCAUAACAGCCAGUCAUGAUGGACAUGUAAAAUUCUGGAAAAAAAUAGAAGAAGGGAUUGAGUUUGUUAAACACUUCCGAAGUCACCUGGGUGUUAUUGAGAGUAUUGCUGUUAGUUCAGAGGGAGCAUUGUUCUGUUCAGUUGGAGAUGACAAAGCAAUGAAGGUGUUUGAUGUAGUCAACUUUGACAUGAUCAACAUGCUGAAACUUGGCUACCACCCUGGCCAAUGUGAAUGGGUGUAUUGCCCUGGAGAUGCCAUAUCUUCUGUUGCAACAUCCGAGAAGAGCACAGGAAAAAUAUUCAUAUACGAUGGCCGAGGAAAUAACCAGCCACUUCAUGUUUUUGAUAAACUCCAUACAUCCUCGCUUACUCAGAUACGGCUGAACCCUGUCUACAAAGUAGUUGUGUCUUCUGACAAGUCUGGGAUGAUCGAGUACUGGACUGGUACACCUCAUGAAUAUAAAUUCCCCAAGAAUGUGAACUGGGAGUAUAAAACAGAUACUGAUCUAUAUGAAUUUGCUAAAUGCAAGGCUUACCCAUCCAGUAUAAGUUUUUCACCUGAUGGCAAGAAAAUGGCCACUCUUGGGUCUGACAGAAAAGUUAGAAUUUUUCGUUUUCUGACGGGGAAGCUUAUGAGAGUCUUUGACGAAUCUCUGAGUAUGUUUACCGAACUUCAGCAGAUGAGACAGCAACUACCAGACAUGGAGUUUGGCCGACGAAUGGCAGUCGAGCGUGAGCUGGAGAAAGUGGAUGCAGUAAGAUUAAUUAAUAUAAUUUUUGAUGAAACUGGACACUUCGUUCUCUAUGGAACAAUGUUGGGCAUUAAGGUCAUCAAUGUAGAGACUAACAGGUGCAUUCGUAUCUUGGGAAAACAAGAGAACAUCAGAAUGAUGCAACUAGCUUUAUUCCAAGGAGUGGCAAAGAAACAUCGUGCUGCAAUCACUAUAGAGAUGAAAGCAUCUGAAAAUCCUGUUCUCCAGAAUAUCCAGGCAGAUCCGACAGUAGUCUGCACAGCUUUUAAAAAGAAUAGGUUUUACAUGUUUACUAAACGUGAACCAGAAGAUACAAAGAGUGCAGAUUCUGAUAGAGAUGUAUUUAAUGAGAAACCUUCUAAAGAAGAGGUCAUGGCAGCCACUCAGGCAGAAGGUCCCAAAAGAGUCUCAGACAGUGCCAUCAUCCACACAAGCAUGGGAGAUAUUCAUAUCAAGCUUUUUCCUGUUGAGUGCCCCAAAACAGUGGAAAACUUCUGUGUGCACAGCAGGAAUGGCUAUUACAAUGGACACAUAAUUCACCGUAUCAUCAAGGGUUUCAUGAUUCAGACUGGUGACCCAACUGGUACAGGAAUGGGAGGUGAAAGUAUUUGGGGAGGAGAAUUUGAAGAUGAGUUUCAUUCAACUUUACGACAUGACAGACCAUACACACUCAGCAUGGCUAAUGCAGGACCAAAUACCAAUGGAUCCCAGUUCUUUAUAACAGUAGUGCCAACUCCAUGGCUAGACAACAAGCACACUGUGUUUGGACGGGUGACUAAAGGAAUGGAAGUUGUUCAGAGAAUCUCAAAUGUAAAAGUCAAUCCAAAAACUGACAAGCCCUAUGAGGAUAUCAGCAUCAUUAAUAUCACAGUGAAGUAAGGCAGGCAUUGAAGGUUCCUGCUUAAGCAGAAAAAAAUGAGUGUAUGGGACCCAGAAAGGGACCUAGAAAGAACAGAAACAUUUUAAAUAAUUUCUAGAUAUAGUGAGUACCAAGACAGAGCAAUCACCAGUUCUACAAUUUUUAAUGUACCUAAAGUGCCCUAAUUCUGUAUUUCUGAUAACUUUGUAUUUUAAAGUAAAAACAUAAGCAUGUUUCUUAUGAA